CGUCAUGCGGACUCGAUCUUCAUUUCAGUGACUUGUUGAAAGAGACACCCAGCUCGGCACCGUCCCUUGCGUAAAGCGCCGUCCUAAAGUGUCGGCUCUCCGUGAGCAUCGAGCGAUCAGGCAACGAGCACGAGAGCGGCAGAUGCGCUCAGCAAAAACAGUCGAUGCGCAAGCUUCCCGGCGCGUUCGCUGCCGCAGCGAGAGUUAGUUUAUGCUGCGCAACUAACCGCGAUUGACUGCGUCUCCGGAGUGUCUGUUUGGUGUGUGCGCGUGUGUGUGCCUGGCGUGUGUCUGUGUUUGUGAUGCUGUGGGUAAAGUAACGGCCCCCGCUAGGAUAUGAUGCCGCACGUCCUGAUCGUCGUGCUGAGCGUGAUCGUGAGCAUCGCGGCGGGCAGCGUGCGCCACUGGACGCGCUGUGAAGUGGCCCGCGAGCUAGCGCUCAAGCACGUCCCGGAAGACCAGAUCGCCGAUUGGCUGUGCAUUGCCGAGCAGGGUGCGUCGUACAACGGGUCGGCCGUGAACGCGCGGUUCAAACAUUACGGCGGCAGUGGCUAUUACGGGCUGUUCCAGCUCAUCGACCGGUACGCUUGCGCCCGGUACGGUUCGAUCUGUGGACUGGCGACGUGCAACCUGCUGCUCGAUGACGAGCUGGACGAUGACAUUGAGUGUAUGCUGAAGGUCCAUGCGGCUUACGUGCGGGAGCUGGGCGAUGGUUUCGCUGCGUGGCCGAUCCACGCAACGGCAUGCCGCGGGGUUCGGAAGAUCCCGUUCGAGGACUGUCUCGAUGAGGAGGUUGUGCGGGUGCAGGAGUACUUUAAGCGCAAGCGCGCGAAGGCAAAAAAGGCGAACCUUGUGCAGGCGACGGUCGGGAAGGUGUACGAACGGUGCGAGCUGGCGAUGGAGCUACGCGAUCGACAUCGAAUGCCAAUGGAGCAGAUCGCAACCUGGGUGUGCAUUGCGUACCACGAGAGUCGGUUCAAUACAUCCGCAGAGGGGCGUCUCAAUGCGGACGGAAGUGGCGAUCAUGGGUUGUUUCAGAUCAGUGACAUCUACUGGUGCUCGCAGGAUGACCGUCGGCCGGGCAAAGCGUGUCGCGUUACUUGUGCCGCCAUGAGGGACGAUGACAUUGCUGAUGAUGUGCGGUGCGUUAGGACGAUCUACGACGAGCAUCAGCGCAUUUCGGGCAAUGGAUUUCAUGCGUGGACCGUGUACCGACCGUACUGCGAGGGACGGGAAGCAAGCUUCGUGCACAACUGCUUCGAAGGGGAAACGCAUCCAACGACGCAGAAUAAACCAAGGCCUGGGAUUGUUGCUCCAACGACCAUUCCGACCGUCCCGAAGAAGAGUUUGACGGAGGUUGGCAAGGUGUACGAUCGCUGUGAGUUGGCGAAUGAUUUGCUGCACAAGUUCCACCUGCCGAAGGAGCAGGUCGCUACGUGGGUGUGCAUUGCUUACCAUGAGAGUCGGUUCAAUACAUCAGCUGAGGGACGUCUCAAUGCGGAUGGAAGUGGCGAUCAUGGGCUGUUUCAGAUAAGUGAUAUCUAUUGGUGCUCUCCACCGGGUAAUGGGUGGGCUUGUGGAGUGAGUUGCGAUGCGUUGAAGGAUUCUGACAUCAGUGACGAUGUGCAAUGCGUAAAAACGAUCUACGAAGAGCAUCAGAGACUGUCUGGGGAUGGGUUUAACGCCUGGUCAGUGUACAAGCCCUACUGUCAGCGUGAUGCGGUGGAUACGUUCGUUCGUGGUUGCUUUGGAGAAGAGGUGGACAUUGCCCAUCCAGUGACGGUCCCGCGACCUGCCAUCACAGCACCAACGAGAGUGCCCCAGACACGCUCGUCCCCCGGCAAAGUGUUUGAACGCUGCGAACUAGCCCAAGAGCUUCACCGACAGGGUCUUUCCCUGGAGCAAACCGCAAUCUGGGUGUGCAUCGCCAAGUAUCAAUCGAACUUCAACAGUUCCGCGCUCGGGUACGGCCCGAACGGUGUGCAGUACCACGGUAUGUUUCAGCUGAGCGACGAGUACUGGUGCUCGCCGCCCGGUCGCGGUUGGGUUUGUGGCAUCAGCUGCGACCAGCUGCGGGACGCCGACCUUAGCGACGAUCUUGGCUGCAUGCAGUUCAUCUUCGAGGAGCAUGCGCGCAUUUCCGGCGAUGGUUACAACGCCUGGGCGGUGUACCAACCGUACUGCCGGGGGAAAAGCGACACCAUGAUCGAGGGGUGCUUCGAGGAGGGUGAAAAUGCGAUCGUUCCCACACCACCGACCACGAGGCGGCCGAUCGCACCGCCGAAGAAUUUCCCCCGCGGCAAGGUGUACGAGCGGUGUGAGCUGGCACGGGAGCUGUACUAUCGGCACGGGCUGCCGUACGACCAGAUCGCCACGUGGGUUUGCAUCGCUCACCGGGAGUCGAGCUACAAUGUGUCAGCGAUCGGGCGGCUGAACGCGGACGGCAGUGAGGAUCACGGGCUGUUUCAGAUCAGCGACAUCUACUGGUGCUCGCCCCCCGGGAAGGGUUGGGUCUGCGGGCUGUCCUGUGCCGAUCUGGAGGAUAAUGAUCUGACGGAUGACGUGGAGUGCAUGAGGACGAUCUACGAAGAGCACACGCGGCUGUCGGGCGAUGGGUUUAACGCUUGGGCCGUGUACCGGCCGUACUGCAAGGGACGAGCGGACCGGUACAUUGACGGUUGCUUCGAAGAUCCCGACGAUACGACGACGACGACAACGGCAGCGAUCACGACAAUGCCAACCACCACGCGAUCGCGCACGACAAGGUCACGGACAAGUACGACAAAGUUGCCGCGCUGGAGUACGGUACCUCGCACGACCACCAUCACAGCCACCACCACCACCAAGGUAAGGUCUACCCAACGCCAGACAGUAAAAACAAGCCGCCCAUCCACCGUCUCGACGACGGUGCCCCCUUCAACCACAAGCCUGUACGAGUUCUAUCUGAACAACUUCGGCCGCCGUCCCGCCGUCAGCACCGCCGCGCCGGUGUACACGUUCAAACCGUUCGCUUCCCGGCUGCGGGCAACCGAAAGCACUGCCACCGAAAGCUCGUCAACGCUGUCCACCGCCACCACCACACUGCCACCGGUCGUGACCACUGCAAAGUUUAGUGACUUUAAUCGCUGGUUUCAGGCCGGUUAAACGAAAACGGGGCGUAUAAAACGAUCGUUCCAAAGUAGACUCUAAAUGCGUCUGUUCGGUAGCACCUUUUAAAAAGAUAAAUAAAUCUCCGCUGUUUUUAUUUGUUGCUUUCUAUACA